GAGAGAUGCUCUGGAUGCACCUGGAGCUGGGAAUGGUGGCGGAUCCAUGGGAAUGGUCAUUCCCACACUUGUGGAUCUGGGAAUAGUCGUUCCCAGACCUGUGGAACCAGCAAUGGUCAUUCCCACACCUAUGGAAUAAGGAAUGGUCAUUCCCACACCCAUGGAUCUGGGAAUGGUCAUUCCCACACCUGUGGAACCAGGAAUGACCAUUCCCACACCUAUGGAACCAGCCAUGGUCAUUCCCACACCUGUGGAACCAGCAAUGGUCAUUCCCACACCUAUGGAACCAGCAAUGGUCAUUCCCACACCCGUAGAACCAGCAAUGGUCAUUCCCACACUUGUGGAACCAGGAAUGGUCAUUCCCACACCUGUGGAACCAGCAAUGGUCAUUCCCACACCUGUGGAACCAGCAAUGGUCAUUCCCACACCUGUGGAUCUGUGAAUGGUCGUUCCAAGGUGCACCGAAAAGAUGCCCCAGGCACGUGGAGAUGCUCCAGGGUCAAUCCAUCUCCCAAAUCCCGCAGUUUCCUGUUCCGCACAGCCCAAAAUUGCUGCUUUUAGGAGAAAAAAGACCCUGGCUCACCACCUGCUGCCCCAAAAUCCUGGGAAAACAAAUGGGGCUGUGCAUUUUCCAACCCCAGGAAGUUCAGCUGUUCAGCUGGAGAGAAGUUCUGGGGUGACCUCGCUGUGGCCUUGCAGGACCUGAAGAGGCUUCAGGAAAAAUGGAAGGAGAAUUUUCCCAAGGCAGAAAUGUUCAGAAAAGGGGAAGUGGAGUCAGGGGGACAGGACGGGAUUUGGGUGGGAUUUUGGGUUGGAAUUGCUCCCUGUGAGGGCCCCAGGUGAUUCCAUGGAUUUCCCACCCCUGGAAGUGCCCAAGGCCAGGCUGGAACCACGUGGGACAGGGGAAGGUCCCUGCCCAUGGAGCUGGGAUUUUUUGGGAUUUAAGGUUCCUUUCCAUCCCAAACCAUUCCAGUCUCACGGAGCACUGAGCCAUUUGUCACACACGGCCAUGGUGACACUUUGUCCCAGCGGCCACCCUCAUCUUUCCUUGGGAACGGGGUUGGUUUUUUGUAAACACCUGGAGUUUCCUCCUUUUUCCUUGAAAACAGAAUGCUUUGGGUUUUUUUAAACACCUCAAAUUUCUGUGUGAGAGUGAAUUGCCCCUCCUUGAUGCGUCAUUUUCGUCACAAACCACAUCCAAAGCCCUCCCCUCUACCUCGAGCCUGAAAAGCCACAAAGACACUUCUUCCUUGUUCUUCCUCUUUCUGGUGCUCAUUUUUGCAUGCUGGUGCCCCAAAUCCUCUCUGUUCCUGACACCCAUGGACGUGUUUUGGAUCCCUUUUCUUGCCACACUCAUGGUCCUCCACCAAACCAUGAGCGCCAGCGACACCACGGAGGUGAUCGGGGUCCUGGGCAGGUUUGUGACCUUCCGCAGCCACAACACAGACAAAAGUGCAGCAUUCUGGAAUUUUGGGAAUGAACCCAUAUUGGUUGUGGGAUUUGAGGACCCUCCUCAACCGGUAUUUUCUAAAGACAAAUUCCAAACCCGUUUUGCUGUCUCCGAGAAGGGCCGUGUGCUCACCAUCUCCCAGCUGAGGAUGGAGGACGCCGGGACCUACUCUGUAAUCAUUGAUGGAAAACGAUCCACCUUCACCCUCCAGGUGUUCAGGGAGCUGGCAGAGCCCACGGUGACCUGCGAGGCCCAGAACUGCUCGGACGGGAGCUGCAGCUUCUCCCUGCGCUGCUCCGCGCCCGGCGCCGGCCUCGGGAACGUCUCCUACAGCUGGAGGGUGCGGGAUCAGCCGCGGGACGGGGACUCCGUGGUGCUGCGGGUGAACGAAUCAUCCCUGGAAGAACUGGAGCCGCUGACGUGCAUGGCACGGAACCCCGUCAGCAGCAGGAGCAUCACCGUCACCACCCCCGGGGUGCUCUGCUCAGGUGAGAGCUGGGGACAGGUGGGGAACAGUGGGAUGGGCUGA